UGCCGCCCGCCGCCAGCUGACCGGCCUGGAAUCCCGAGCCCGGACUCGGCCCGCCGCCGCCGCCCCGCCGCCCGCCGGGAGCGCCGCCGCCUCCACCCGCCGCCCGCCGGGAGCCGCCGGACCAUGGGGGACGCCGGGAGCGAGCGCAGCAAAGCGCCCAGCCUGCCGCCGCGCUGCCCCUGCGGCUUCUGGGGGUCCAGCAAGACUAUGAACCUCUGUUCCAAAUGCUUUGCUGAUUUUCAGAAGAAACAACCAGAUGAUGAUUCCGCUCCAAGUACAAGUAACAGCCAGUCAGAUUUGUUUUCUGAAGAGACCACCAGUGACAACAACAAUACCUCGAUAACCACGCCAACUCUUAGUUCCAGCCAGCAGCCGCUUCCGACAGAAAUGAAUGUAACUUCACCAAGUAAAGAGGAGUGUGGGCCAUGCACAGACGCAGCUCAUGUCUCGUUAAUCACACCAACCAAAAGAUCCUGUGGUACAGAUUCACAGUCUGAGAACGAGGCUUCGCCAGUGAAACGGCCACGGCUACUGGAGAACUCCGAGAACUCCGAGCGGCCCGAGGAAGCCAGCCGGUCCAAACAGAAGAGCCGCCGCCGGUGCUUUCAGUGCCAAACCAAGCUGGAGCUGGUGCAGCAGGAACUGGGAUCGUGCCGCUGUGGCUACGUGUUCUGCAUGCUACACCGCCUCCCGGAGCAGCACGACUGUACGUUUGACCACAUGGGCCGCGGGCGAGAGGAGGCCAUCAUGAAGAUGGUGAAACUGGACCGGAAAGUGGGGCGCUCCUGCCAGCGCAUCGGGGAGGGGUGCUCCUGAAGGCCGGGCACGGCCGCCACACGACGCUGUUCUUAGUUCACUAAUGUUAGCCUUAUUUAGGACAAAGUCAGCCAGACACCUUGUACUGGGCGCGCCAGACGACAGCCAGUCCGUUCCCUUUCUUUAGCCAGCCAUCCUGGUACUGUAGUUUAGGGGUUGAUGGUGGUUGAAAUUGAUUUCUGGCUGGUUACUAAGGUGCCUGCUAGCCAUUGUAUAAAAUUAAAACAUGAAGAAUAUUUUUUUUGAGCAUGGCUAGUGGAUUUCAAAACAACACAUACCUGUCACUGCUGGGGUCAAACAUUAAAAAGCCUUAAGCGGAAGUGUUCCAGACGGGACUCGGAGCCGCUGGAGGAGAAGCUGGCGUCAGAGUCCCCACGACGCACGCACACGGCGCCGCCAGAAACUGCUUAAAGUCCGGCCUCGCACCUCUUCACUGCUCCCCAGUCCCGGUAGCAGGACACCUGCUGGCCGCGUGCUCCCGGGGCUGGCGGGGGUUGGGGGGCAGGUUCUUAGGAACAUUUUUUAUCUGACUUGCUAUGAAAAAAAACUCUUCCUCACCCAAGAAGACAAACAAUAACCUCACUUUGAAAUUACUCCACUCAAGACUAGCCCAGCCCGAGACCCCCUUCCCUCACCGGAUCCAGUGCCCUGGGCCACAGUCAGGGGCCCCCGUGGUCGCUCCCCGUGGCUCUGCCCUAGAUUCCUAGAUUGGGAGUUUCCUUUGGGAGAGUUUCCCGGCCCAGGGGAAGCUGGAGGGGCGCUGGCAAGCGGACCCCGCCCUGCCCUCUGCCGGAGGCCCAAGAGCUGAGGGGGCGUCCUGUCCCACCGGGCAGUGGGCAGGGCCUGUGCCCCUGCGCCCAGGCAGAAAGCCGCUCAGGCCCGACGGGAGGGCAGAGGUGGGCUCUGGCCUUGUUGCAGGGGCUGGGGGCGGCGGUCGCAGGAGUGAGAGACCCUUGGAACACCUGAUGGGCAUCCAGCGGCCCCGCUGCCCCAUCUGACACAGGUCGUGAGGGGACAUGACUCCUGCAGGGACGGUUUGUAUCUGCCCACACAGGCUUCUGGAACUUUCCCUCUUACACCACAGCAAACAGUUCAGCUCUGCAAAUUAGCAGCGAAACACCUACAAGUACAAGUGUUUUUUGGUCCAAAAUACCGAACUUAGGAAAUCAUGCUCUCCACCCCCACCCCCGAGUGGAAUCCGCUGCAAAAUCUCCAGCCUUAAUUCUUGCUUCAGGACCCAGCCUGGCGUCUUGCUCUCGGGCAGCCCAGGGCAGGGGGCCCGGUCCGCCCGCGUUUACCACUGUUUUCAAGCCACGGCCUUCCUCAGGCUCCCACCCCGAAGAGCCCACCCGUGCCCUCCGCCCUCCUCAGGCCGGCAGCGAGGGGCGGGCGGCACACAGGGGGCCGCGCCCUGUUCACUUCCCGAGGGUAGAGCUGGGGUGGGGGGGGGGGAGGGCGGAAGGGCUGUGCCCCGCAGUCUCUGUUCUGUGAAGUUUGUUCAAUGUAAGGAAAGCUUAAAUUCUUGUAUCUUUAAGAGAGAAAAAUCUUAUUUAACCCUUUUGUGUUCUAGAUUUACUUACACACAUAGCCUAGAGCUCAGUUUUAGUUUUAACAUUGUGAAAAUAUUAAAAGAAUCUUGUAACUUUAUUCUUUUUUUUCUCCUGCUGAAAAAAAAAUUAAACCAAUCGUAUGAAAGUUUG